AGGCAAGCUACUUUGGCAUGGUGCUGAGUGUUGGAGAGAAUGUUUAGAGCUCUUAAAUGUUGCCGAGACAGCGGCUUCUUCUCCCUGUUACCCAUAUGCUGAGAAGGGAGACUCUAGUAAGAGUUUCGGAAAUUUUUUGGUUCGAAGAAGGGGAAUCUUGAGACCAGCAACAAAUGCCAAGACUUUAGAUUUAAUGAGUGAUAAUGCUCGAAACUGCCUUGCUAGCUGUGUAGUAGAGACUAUUGACAAAGAUGGUGCACAAAAUCUUGUCCCCAAUCUAUGCCUGCCUUUGAACUGUGCCUUCUAUUUUCCAGAAGCUAUGAAUGUUAAUCCGCAGCGAUAUCUCCAGGCACUCUUUCUAGCAUGCCAGAACUCAGCGGAGGCAUCACUUGGAAGGAAAAACGUAACUUUGGUGAAAAAAUAUAUAGAUGAUGUGUUCGAACUUGAAGGAGAAUAUGAUUCAGUAGUAAUAUGUCUUGGAUCCAAGAUAGACUUUCUUCCAGGGCUUAUUGGAAAGCUACCUUUAAGGACUUGCCGAGGUGUCAUUACUCAUUUGCAGUUACCCGAGAGUGCCAGGGGUUACCCUGAUGGUGGACCUUCGAUCUUGUCAGAUGCAUGGCUCGCAGUUCAGGGAUCUCGUAAUCUACACAUGGGAUCCACGUGGGAGUGGCAAUCAAGAAAUUAUUCAUCGGAUGUCACAGCAGAGGAAGCUUCAAGAGCUCUCGACGAGCUUCUUCCGAAGGCGAGUGCAGUUUAUCCAGACAUAGAGAAGUGGAGAUUUGCGGGAGCAAGGGCAGGGUUGAGAGCAAUGCCGCCUGUCACAUGCCAUGGGUCACUGCCGCUCUUGGGAUGUGUAGAUAAGCUCAUAGGUGGUGCAGCACGUGAGUCUAGCAAAUUCUGGGUAUUUGCAGGGCUCGGAUCAAGGGGACUACUCUAUCAUGCUUGGCUUGGGAAACUCUUGGCUAACGCUGUUUUAAGUUGCAAUGAAGAACAAAUCCCUUGUGAACUAACUUGUUGGAAGAAAAAUAAACAAUAACAAUUGCGAAAUGAGUAGGAAUCUAUCUUCUUUCUUUGUGAUUAGAGAAGUCCCAGAAGAGUCAUUUAUGAUGAAAUACUGAGCAUAUUAAUGACACUCAAACAAGGCUGCUAAAGGUGAAACCAGUUUUUGUUUAA